AUGUGCAAUUCGAGAAAGAAAGUUUCGUUCUCCGCUCAUAAUAAUAUCCUCACCAUUUUCCUGCUUACUGCUCCGUUCUUCCCUUCCCUCUGCUCCACCCCUCUAUUCCGCGUGUUGCUGUUUGCUUUUCGUCCCAUCCCAUGCUCUCUCCUGUCUCCCUUCCUGUUUCCCCCUACUCCUCCCCCUCCCCCCCCUCCCCCUUCUUUCCCUUCUCCCCCUCUCCCCCACCUUCCCGUCCCUCCUCCCCGCUGCCUUAUCCGCUUUUCCGUUUCCUCUGCGUUUGCUCAAGAUUCCAUUCCCUUUGUGGAGUUGACUUCUGAGAAUUCUCAGAAGUUUCCUCUGCGUUUGCUCAAGAUUCCAUCCCAUUGUGCUCCCCACACUCCCAACCUCCCCGCUCCCCCCUCUUUUUCCCCCCGUUUCCCUUUUCCAUCCCCCCGCCCCUCCCCCGUCCCCCCCUCUCCCCCCUCCCUCCCCUCCGUUACCCCCCGCCCUCCUUCAUUGUCAAAACCUAAACCCUGCUCCGCAGGGUCGCAGGUGCACCCCUCGGUGGCGGAGCAUCCGCCGCAUUCACCUGCGCCUGCUGGGUGCCCUUCCCCAGUGGCCUCUCGCAUUGCCCAAGUGCUCUGCUUCCUCCCUCUCCCCCCUCCCCUCCCCCCCCGUUUCUCCCCACCUCUCGCCCCUUCUCUCCCCCCCAUUUCCCCCCCAUAUUCUCUCAAUGGCAUGCCCUUCCCCAGCGGCCUCUCGCGCCCGCUCUACCUGCUGCUGCUGCCCAUAAAGCUCAUCGCCCAAGUGCUCUGCUUCCUCUGGGUGCUCUGCAUCGCCACGCCUCCCCCCGAUUUCUACCUUUCUCCAGCACUCUCGCUGCCCAUCAAGCUCAUCCUCCAAGUGCUCUGCUUCCUCUGGGUGCUCUGCAUCGCCACGCCUCCCCCCGACAUCUACCUUCUACAGCGUCGUUCGCCAUUGACUGGCAUGACUUGGGCUUCACACACGUUCCAAACCCCUCCUGACCCUUCUUUCCCCCCCUCCUCCCCUCCCCUGGCUGGGCCCCUUCCUUCCCCAUCCCUCUUCACAAACCCCCCGCCGCCAUCCCCACCCCACCAUCCCCACCACUCCCUCCCUGCUCCACCCUUCUCCACUCCCCUUCUCCCCCUCCCCCCAAACCCCGUCCCCUGGCCUUUUUUCCCUACUCCUUCUCGCCUCUCCCCUCCCCCUUUCCCCAUCCCUCAGAACCCCCCGACCAUCCGCACCUUCACAGUGAACCCACCCACCAUCCCCACCUUCACAGUGGUGCGCUUCGCUGGGCUAGUGCGGCGGGCCUCAUUCGUCAUCGACUGGCACAACUUCGGAUUCACUCUCUUUGGCCUACGUUUCGGCCCCGCACACCCCCUCGUGAAGAUCCACAAGUGGUACGAGACCACCAUAGCACGCCAAGCAGCGGCACACAUAUGUGUGACUCGAGCCAUGCAGCAGGAGCUGGCGAACAACUGGGAUAUACGAGCCACUGUUCUGUACGACCGCCCGCCUGCCUUCUUCCGACCCAGCACCUUAGAGGAGAUGAGAGAGGUGUGCAUGGGUUGGGAGAGGCCGGGGAUAGGUUGGGAGAGGUGUGCAUGGGUUGGGGGGGGUGCAGGAUGUGUUGGGAGGGACGUGGGUGGGCGUGGGCAGGGAGAGGUUCUGGGGCGCAUCGACCAAUCACUGCUCGACAGCUGUUUCUCCCCACCCGCACCCGGCUCCAUGCCCCUAACCCUCUUCUGCCUCCCCCUCAAUUCCGAACCACGCAGUGGACUCUCAGACCAGACCGCCCUGCCCUUGUUGUCAGCAGCUCUAGCUGGUGAGUGGCCGUUUCUGUCUCAUGUUGAUGUGCUGCUAGAGGCAGCUCUCAUGACUGCAGACGAGGAUUUUGACGUGUUGCUAGAAGGAGCGCUCAUGUAUGACAGGCGCGUGGCAGCAAUGGCAGGCGAGGGGGAGUUUGGAGGAGAGGGAGGAGGCGAGGGGGAACGAGGUGCUGCUGUUGGCGUUCCUCUGCUGGAUUCCAAAAAAGCCGAUGGGAUAUCAGCGUUGGCAGUGGCAGCAGAAGCAGCAACAGCAGCAGCAGCAGCAGGGGCAGCAGGAGUGGGAGGAGAUUCGUCUAGUGCAGGGUCAAGAAAAGAAGGGGAAGGAGAGGGCGAGCGGGGAGGGGCGGUGACGACAGGAGCAGCAGGAGUGGGAGCAAGUGGAGGGAGGUUGAAAUCUGGAGCCAAGUUUCCCACCCUGGCGUUUAUUGUCACGGGUGAGUUUGCUCGUCUAGGGGGAGGGGAGGGUUCUAGAAACGGAGCGGCAGGAGUGAGUGAGCGGGGAGGGGGGGGGAUGAUAGCAGCAGGAUCAGGAGUGGGAGCAAGUGGAGGGAGGUUGAAAUCUGGAUCCAAGUUUCCCACCCUGGUGUUUAUUGUCAUGGGCAAAGGAGCCCUCCGAUCGCACUACGAAGCAAAGAUGCGACGGCUCAGAUUGCGCCACGUGUCGUUCCGAACCGCAUGGCUUGCUCCGGAGGAUUACCCGAGGCUGCUAGGCUCGGCGGACCUGGGCGUGUCCCUCCAUACCUCGUCCUCAGGCUUGGAUCUGCCUAUGAAAGUGGUGGACAUGUUUGGGUGCGGCCUUCCCGUCUGCGCCAUCUCCUAUUCCUGCAUUCACGAGCUAGUAAAGGACGGCACCAACGGCCUUCUCUUCUCAGACUCCUCAGAGCUCGCCUCGCAACUUAUUGACAUCUUCUGCGGCUUUCCAGAAGGUUCUGCCGCUCUCAAGGCCCACUCCCCUGCCACUACCACCACCUAUUCCUCCACCUUGGCUUCCUCUUCCUCCUCGGGUGCCUUAUCCACACCUCCCAUGUCACCCACAUCUCCUUCAUCCACUCCCUCCUCCGUUACUCUGCUUCAGAAGCUAAGGUCAGGUGCACUUGCAACAGGGGCUGCUGGUAAAUGGGCCGAUGAAUGGGGCGUGAAUGUGCUUCCCUUGGUGGAGAGAUUAUCCGGGGGUGAUUUAAGAGGUGUAAUGAGGUGA